AUGAAAUUUUUCAUCAAUGGAGACGAAAAAAUAAAUGAUGCUGGUUAUGAAAUCAAAAUUAUCAAUGAUACAAAAUGGUUAAAGAUAUACCACCACAAUUCAACAACAUUAUUCUCGGACAACAAAGUUAUUGCAACGACGCAAGUUUAUUUCAUCAAUGAAACCAAUCGAUUUAGUGUUAUUGGUUAUAUUAACGACAGUUUCAAGAUUAACGGUCUCUACAACUUCUUAUUCCAUUUUCCAGACGAUUAUCCAGACGACUACUUUUACUUCAACCAAAGUACACAUCCACUUACCUCCGCUUCAGUUAAAGACUUCAGUUACAAAUUUUAUAAUAAAAAAUGUUUUCCCGAUCUAAAAAGUUACCUAAUGCUCAAUGGUUUAGCAAUUUCAACAGCUUCGGACGCAAUUUUAGAUGGAAAUAUUAAUUAUGACCAUUGGUGGUAUGCUAUUGGCUCUAACUGCUAUCACAGUGGUCGAAGAAUUCCAGGACCAAAUUGUGCCAAUAUUGCAGAUCCUACUACAACUACAAAUGAUUUAUGGAUUAAGAUAAUAGAUAAAUCAGUUUUGAAGUUUCUUCCUUCUUUUCUUGAACAUAUCUGUCUUUCCAAUGCUCUAAAUUGCCAAAAUUGGAGUUAUUUUCCUUUUAAUUUAUUCGAAAUCUUUAUUGUUUUAAUAUCAGAAUAA